AUGUCCUUCAUAGCUAUUUUAUUUGCCACGAUCAUGUACUUUAAGCAAGGCGAUGAAGCGAACGACACUUCAUCGGGCAUCAUUGACCUGCCCGGAGAUUCACUACUAAGCAAUUACGAUUUUAUUAUUGUCGGCGGAGGAUCAGCAGGUGCGGUGCUCGCAAAUAGGCUAACAGAAUUCGAACAUUGGAGUGUUCUAGUGAUAGAAGCUGGUGGGCAUGAAAAUGAAUUAUCGGGCGUGCCUUUGUUGGCAACCCACCAGCAACUAUCCGAUACUGACUGGCAAUAUAUAACUGAAUCUCAAAAUACAGCGUGUUUGGGUGAGUAA